CCGUAAUACAUCGAUGUGGGCUACAACCUUCUGAUACAACCAAUGACCCUUUACCAAAAAUCAGCAAAAAAAUCGCAUGGUGCCCUCCAAUUAUACAAACUUCCUACAGUGGUGGCAUCUCCCUUGGUUGCGCAACUUGCUCUAUCCUUUCUCCGCCCCACCGCUGGCCGUGUUCACUAUAUAUCAGUGUGAUAUCGUCUGUUGGACAUCACAAGUUCGUUUAGAACCGUAGUGACCCAAACUAAGCAUCAUGAAAGCCUUCGUAGCGUGCAUAGCCCUUGCCUUGGUGGCGUGUGUGAGUGCCGAGGCUCCGCUGGGAUACAACUACAACCGUCCGUCAGGCGGACACUCGGGAGGUAUCAGCGGAGGCGGCGGCGGAUACCGCGCCGUCUCCUCCGGAUACCAGACCUCCGAGGGCCAGAACGUGGACGCUCAGCUCCUGGAACAGAUCCGUCAGAUCCUCCUCAAAGAAGAGGCCUCGUCGGGCUCAGGCGCCAGCGCUCCAUCAUCAUCAUACGGCGCCCCGUCCUCCUCGUACGGUCCCCCCUCCUCCAGCUACGGCGUUCCGAGCCACGGCGGCCGCGUCGUCGGCAUCAACCUCGAGGGAGUCCGUCAAGCCAUCCAAGUAGCUCAAUAUGAACAGAGCGGCGGCUACAGCGGCGGCGGCUACCCCUCCGGCCCCUCGUCCUCCUACGGCGCCCCCGCCAUCCCCUCAGGCAGCUACGGCGCCCCCUAAACGCAACAACCCCAGAACGUUACCGUUCAUUUAUUCGGGCCCGCCGUUCCAUCUCCGACCGCCCGAAUAUUUAAUCCAAUAGGUCGAUCGCCACGUACAAUGUAGGUGAGGUCGGCCAGGCCUCCGAUCCCGGCCAACGCUUGCGACUGUGCACGCUCACGGGUUAUCCAGCUACCAGCCAGUCGGGUUGGCCAUCACCUAACAAACAGACUCAUUUGAUAGGUGAUAGACAACACCGAAGUAGCUCGUAGCUGGGAACGAAUCCAAAUCUUGUAUAAAGUUUAUCGAUAAGUUUAGUGUAAUUUAAUUUUAAGCUUUGUUUUUUUUAUUACAAAAAAGAUAAAUACAUUUUGACACCGUAACAAAA